UAUGUACUAUCAUAGAUAAGUGAGUACAGAGAUGGCCAUCGGUCAUCCCUGUUUAUCAGCAACAAGGUCGUAAUACACAUCUUAUGUGAAGGGACUGGUGAAGGCGAUUCCUAGGCCAUUAGAGGGAAGGAAGGAAGGAGAUGACGCUAACUGAGUCGCUUCUGUGGUUACCAUUGACCAUACUGGGACAGACAGCCAAAGUAGUAGAAGUCUUCUUAUUCGUGUUGAUAGGCUGGUACGACGUGUAUGUGUACUCGCCUCUACAAAGAUGUCUGUCUCCAGUCGUGGCUACCAUACCCCGCUCACUGACCAUUAACGGACAUCCCUAUGACGUGUUCACGGCUAACAUAGUAUCGUGGUCACGAACACUGUUGGUCAUCCCCAUAGCUAUUUGCCUUAAGUACGAGUACUCCGUGAUAGCGUUCCUCCUCGUCAUAGCCCACGACUUCCUGGACCAUGUAGACGGUCUUGUGGCGAAGCAGCACAAACAGAUGUUCGGCCAGAUUGACGAUCCUUUGUUGGGAGGAUUCAUGGACGCCUUUUGCGACAAGAUUGUGAAUGUGCUGUCUCUAUGGUCAAUACUGAUGGUGACCAAUUUCGCCCCGAUGACCUUCCAAGGGACGUUACUCUUGGUGUUCUCCUGUGUCAUCAUCAUAUGCUAUGAAUUCGUCAUAGGUGUUGUGCGGGUACAGGAUUAUUUCCGGGCCUUUUAUCAAAGAGAAUACAAAAUACAAACUAAAUCUGACAACACUGGAAAUACGGCGGCCGUCAUGGAGGGGAAACUGAAGGAAAAGCUCGAGUCCAUGGGGAUAGCCUUUCUUUGUCUGGCACAGUCUUCAGGAAAUAUCACAACGUCUGUCUCUGGGAUUGUUGGUAUCGUCUGUCUACUUCUGUCUGUCCGUCUCGCGCAUGCGUCGUUACGUCACAAACUGAAUGCCCGAAAAAAUACAAAAACGAUGGCGGAGGAGCCGAAAUCUAAAGUUCAGAGUGAGAAUAAAACACGGGAAAGGAAUACGUCACAGUCUAACGACAACGAUCCAACGACAAACGAAAAGGAAAACAGGAAAUGCGAGGAAGUGAGGCUAGACACCCUUUCUCCCCUGAAAGACAAACCAUCGACAGUCAAAUAUGACAGAACAGCCUCUUACGAAGACACCGGAAGCAGUGCCCUACCGUAUGAAGACUUGUUGGAGUCCGACCCCCACUUAAAGGACGUCGUCCAUCGCCUGGUCCGUCAGCACUCCGUCCCCUCGAUAGGACUCGAUGGUCGGGUACAGAAAGUCUUCUCAAUAGGAUGCUUUGACCUUUUCCACGAAGGUCAUCGACGUUUAUUGCACCGACUAAAAGCCAUAGGAAAACAGGUGAUAGUGGGAGUACACGACAGUAGAAGUAUUUUUAAACUCAAGAAGCGUGUCCCAAUAGACAGUACAGAGAGGCGCAUGUUCAACGUCAAGCAAAUCGCGGACGUGGUGUACUGUAUCGCCGGCACGGACCCCACACCUUUCCUCUCCUGUAUCGUAGACACCAACGACGGAUGUUCAUGUGUUUACGUCAGAGGGGACGACAUGCAGGCGUUCCCUGCACGAGAGUUCUGCGAGAAGUUGAUGCCGGUGACGUUCCUCCCGUACUCCUCUGGAGUUUCCUCUACAAAACUACGAAAACUGCAGCACGACUCGUCCAAAUUCGGUCCGCACGUCAAAUCAGACCAUGACGAUAUUCUGUAUUGAUUCAUAACAUACAUGUACAUUUGCAUUUAAGUUGUAAAUAAGUAUUUAUUUUGUAUAAAUAAUGUUUUGUCAGCUUUAACAAAGAAACUGAGAAAAUGUUAUAGGCAUAAAUGAGAAAUCUGAAAUGACUCAACUCCAGAAAAAUGUAUAUAAUUAUGAGCAUUGUAAAGCGGCUUAACUCCAGAAAAUGUUUCUUUGAAUUUCCUGAUGUUAUUUAACUCAAAGGCCUUCUCAGAUGUUAUUAUCUUGUAACAAGAAGAAUCAUUGUUUACGUUAAUGGUUUCGAAUCAGAAACUGUUUGCGACCUCCGCCGUGCUGUUACAGUGUUCGGGAACCAGCCUCUUGUGACGACCAAUCAAAACCUUGACGGAAAGGGACUCCUAGAGACGUUUGUCGUCGACUUAAAUGGUUACCAAAAGAAAUCUAGGUCCUAUUUCAUCUAUUUGCCAAAAAAAGUUGUAUAAUAUGAUAUCAUAAACCAAACAAAACGACCCAGAAAGAUCAAAUGUUUGCUUCUAACGGUUGUCUUGUGUUAAUCGAGGCGGGAGGAGAAACUUUGAAGUGACGCUGAUCCAAUUGCGUUCAAAGCCCUAUGAACGCAAUUUCUCAUGGUAAUGCUUGUGGAGGAACUCGCAGUGGAAAUGUAAAUAUAAUUCAAUGUUAAGAUGUACUUAAAUCUUUGAGUACGUGGAUGGUUAUGUAGGCUUUUAGAGACGAUUCAAUUCCGAAAUGUCUUGCAGAUGUAUAAAUGAUCAUUUUAGGCAGCAACGCAACAAUAGAGCAUGGAAAUGAGCCUUCAGAGACGAUGAUUCAACACUGCCUUCUGAGGAACUCCAACUACAGAAUAUCCAUUAAUAAAGGUCUAAACUGAUUUGACUUAAGAUGGAAAAUAUCUAUAAUGUAUACUGUAUAUAGACUUCUAAGCUAGCAAUUCAACAACUUCAGAUAAUAACCGGGACGAACUAACCAAUUGUUAUGUAAAUUCAUGAAAAUUGAUGCCUGAAGAAACAUAAACUUUGUCUAAUG